AAUAAUUUACAAAUUGCGAUGGCGAUGAAAAACGUCGAUGCUGACCGUGCCCUCGAAAAAUUACCCAAAGGACUUGUAUCAAAGUUAAUGCCGUUUCAGAAAGACGGCAUAAUAUUCGCUAUUGGAAAGAAAGGAAGAUGUUUGAUUGCUGAUGAGAUGGGUCUUGGCAAGACUAUCCAGGCUAUUUCUGUUGCCUACUACUAUAAAGAUGAAUGGCCCCUUCUGAUCAUUGUGCCAUCAUCACUGCGAUACUGCUGGAUCGAGGAACUGGAAAAAUGGCUGCCUGAUAUCCACCCACAUGACAUUAACCUCAUACAGGCUGGAAAUGAUGUGGGUGAGAUAUCCUCUGCUAAAGUAACUAUUAUUACAUACGGUCUGUUGAGUCAUCAAAGAAGUGGUAUUGUGAAGGAGGCUCUGCUAAGCAAACACUUUAACGUUGUCAUUUGUGAUGAAUCACACUACAUCAGAAACACCAAAACAGCCACCUCUAAAGCUGUGGUGCCGAUCAUCAAAAAUGCACACAGACGGAUUCUACUGUCAGGAACACCAGCACUUUCGAAACCAGUGGAGUUAUAUCCACAACUGGAUUCUUUGUGUCCUGGGGAAUUUGGAUCUUGGUGGUCGUUCACGACUCGAUAUUGUGCUGCCAGAUUUGAGUUCUUUGGAAGACAAAAACGAAGAGUAGUUGAUGGAGCAAGCAAUUUAGAAGAGCUACAAGCAAAGUUGUGUAAAAUGGUCAUGAUACGCAGAGAAAAGAGCGCUGUUUUGACACAACUUCCACCAAAGCAGAGGCAGAAGAUUUUGUUUGAACUGAAGGAUUCUAGCUUGAAAAAGGAGAUCAUCUCGACAUUCGAUGAAUUAAAACCUCACCUUAGUCGAUCUCGUAACUUGACCUGUGAGCUGUUUGACAAUGGAGCCACGGAAGAGAUAGGCAACGAGAACAAGGAUAACACCAUGCUGGGGCUCAUCUCAAAACUUUACAGGCUUAGUGCAGAGGCUAAGAUAGGUCCAGCAAAGGAUUACAUUGGAAUGUUGUGUGAAAAUGAGAGUCUGAAGUUUCUGAUUUUCGCUCAUCAUCGGGUAAUGUUGAAUGGAAUUCAGCAGACGCUAUGGGAUAAGAAAGUAAAGUUCAUCAGAAUUGAUGGAGACACUCAGCCUUCCGAUAGACUGAUGUAUGUGCAGCAGUUUCAGUCUGAUCCCGAGAUUCGAGUCGCUUUACUCAGUAUUCUGGCUGCAGGAGUGGGUUUGACAUUUACUGCCGCCAAGCUUGUGGUGUUUGCGGAAAUGCACUGGACUCCUGGUGUACUUGUCCAGUGUGAGGACCGCGCACACAGAAUUGGGCAGACUGGCUGUGUACAAGUCCAUUAUCUUGUUGCCAAGGCAACAAUGGAUGAAUGGGUUUGGUCUUCUAUCUGCAGAAAGACCGUGGUGACGACAACCGCUCUCAGUGGCAGGGGAAAGAAUCUGGAGGCAGACAAGGGAGAUAAGUAUCAAGUGGAUGUUUUAUCCAAUGCAGAUGCCUGGGUACCAUCGAAACAAUCAGACAUGGAUUUCACUUCAUUCUUUCAGUCUCAGAGGUCUAGUGAUCAGCGAUGUAUCAAAGACUUCUUCACGCCCCCACCAAGUGGCAAACAUAAAAGAAGAGAAACGGAUAAAUCCGAAAAUUCCUUGUCAGUCGCAAAAUCAGGUGGACGGAAAAGAUCUCUGAACAGGUCUGGUGAUUCGAGUGUUAAGAAGAAACAGAAAACUGACUCUGUGGUUUGUUCCUUUGUCAUACUGGACAGUGAUGAGGAAGAGUUUGUUGUCAGUAACAAAGUCAAGUCAAAGAAAUCAUGGAAGUUUGAAAAAAUUAAACAUAGAAAAUGUUCCAGUAGGUCAAGCCCAGACUCUUCAUUUGAAUUUGAAAUUCCAGAUUUCAAUCUGAGCACAUCCAACACUUCUGAAAAUUCAGAAAACAGUUCUCCAAAUGUUGACGGAUUGUGUGACUCUUCAGUCAAGUGUUUAAAUAAAACUGAAAAGUCUGAUGUCAAAGAUUUGAUAAAAUGUUCUGAGAAAUCACAAGAAAUGGAUCUGACCAUUGAAAACUGUGAUGAUUCUGCUGUUAAAAAUGUUCCAGAUUUCUUGCACAGCACAGAAUCAAUUCCUGCCACCAAUGAAAUCCAAUGGGCAUGUUCUUUGUGCACAUUUCUAAACCAUAUUGAUGUUCCAGUUUGUGAAAUGUGCGAUAACCCAAAAAUCAAACUGAAAACCAAGAGCACGAUAAAAGAUAACAGUAAUAUAAACAAAUCUUCAACUGUCCAUCCAGAUAUUAUUUCAUCCAGCCCUAAAUCCAAGAUCAUGAUGAAAGGUAACAGAGGUGAAAAAAAGUCUCAGGUUGCCAGUCCAGGUAAUGUAGAUUUAUUGACACAAAUUUCAUCAGAAAUAGAAACAAAAACAGAUUUCCUUCAGGCUGAAAUGAACAAUGCAUGUAUUUCACAAGAACAAUCAAUUCCUUGUAGUUUUAAGAAAAACAGUACAUCUGUUCUUGCUACCCAGUCUGUGGGAGUGUUUCAAACCGAGUUGGUACACACAGAUGUGAAGAGUGACACAGAAUCGUGCAUUUCUCAGACUACAGACAAUAACCUAGACGUAGGGGCAGGAAGUGAAUCGUUAUUUUCUGGUUCUGAAGAAACUGUCAUGAAUGGUAUCAAUUACUCCACUUUCUGUGAUGAAACCGAUUCACAUGAUGAUGUAAACCAGGAUAUGAAUGAUUCCGAUAUCAAACUUGCGAGUCAAGAUUACGCUGUGUGUGAUGUUCACAAAACAGAAUUGAUAUCUUCACCUGUGUCUGGAGAGCUUCCUGUUAUUCAAGAACCGCGAUCCCGACAUAAAAAUACACCAAGGAGGAAUGCUUUUCAUUCUUGUGUAAACAGUUGUGAAGAUGGACUUUGCUUAGAAGAAUACGAAAGAGAACUUCAUAGAAGACACAUAGUGGGGUUAUCACGUACAGUAGAAACCUUGUCUGACACAUGCAUGUCAAGCCAUGAGUUAAAGUCUGGAAACAGUACACAGGUGAUUUGUAAAUCUUCACAGACGAAUGUGAAACAGCUCUUUGAAGUGAGAUCUCCACACAGUGCGACAACCUCAGAAGAAACCAUGUUAACACCAGAUGGUGAUGGCCUGUGUUUGUCUUUAAUUUCAAAUGAAAAUUCAGACUUUCAGAAAACACCUGACAAAAGCACAGGAAUCAUGGCUGGUACAGGUGAUGCGGCAAGUGAAGAUAUUAGUGAUUGUUCAAUGCUACAAGCACAAAGAAUGGGACAUGGUCUUACUACAAGCACGCCGAAACUGAAAAGUGUGGAAACCACUCCAGGGUGCUGUCCAGUUUCCAGUUCGUUUCUGUACUGCUGCAGUCGAUACACUGGACGAGUGUACCUGUUUGACUCGGCUGGUGAGGCACUGAAUGUAAAUUUCUUACCACUGGACAUUGAGAUGGACAACAUCUGUGAACUCCCAGAAAUCUUACAGCUGCCAGCUCAUCUGAGACAGGUGCAGAAGUUUACUCGGGAGUGGAACUGUUUGUCGGAUACAAAGAAACGACUAAUCACAAAAAGAGGUCUGAUUUUCAAUAGUCCACUCCUGGCCUAUGAAGAAGUUCGAACAGGCAACAAGACAAACACACAAAGACAUAAAACAAAAGAGGACAUAGCAAAGACUGCUCAGCAUAUGGCGAAUGAGGUGAAUGGAAGUGUUCGUUUGAUAAGAAAUCCGACCCAGAAGACAACCAGCCACCAGGUAGAAAAAACAAACGAGGGUGACACAGCAAAAGGUUGUCUACAGGCUGUGACCAGUGCUGGGGUUCCAUUGUGUCUGAACUGUCAGGGACCGUACAGAAACAACUUACUGCAGCAGUCGACCAUCAUCAAUACUGAGAACGCCUGGGCCACACGCUUCUGCAGCAAGUCGUGUAUGGACACACACUGGAUGAAGACCAACUCGGGAUAUUGCCGUGACAAAGUUUACGAGGUGGAGCACGGGGUGUGUCAGUUGUGUGGUGUCGACGCCCACGCUUUGUACUCUCACAUUAGAGACACUGCAGACCUUGAAGAGCGAGCCCGAAUACUGAGCGCCAGUAAGUUUUCUUCAAUGAAGUCCAGGGUGAAAGAACAGAUGGUGAAGAAUCCUGUAGCUGGUCAGUUUUGGCAUGCAGAUCACAUCAGGCCGGUGUGGGAGGGAGGAGGAAUGUGUGACAUUGACAACAUGAGGACGCUGUGCACCGUCUGCCAUCUCAAGGUCACCUCUAAACAGGCGUCCAAGCGAGCAACAGUCCGCAAGUUAGCCAAUGCCGCAGGAAGUGGUGACAUUACAGCAUUCUUUCAAAAAUCUUAAUAUGACCUCGAUAAAAAAGAACUAGCUCAACCAGCUCUUAAAGAUUGCAGUCCACUCAGUUUUGUUAGCUUUAGUUUCUUUGUCCAUGUUUUUCUUCUUUUGGUUUUCAUAAAGAUUACAUGUUUUUAAAAAGAAGAAAUUAAAAUAAAAAAUAAUAACCGUCCGAACUAUCACUCAAAAUGAAGUUUAGGUUGCAACAGACUCAGCAUUUCUAGACAAGACGAUUUGACAUUGAAUAAAUCUUUGAUUUUUAAGAGCUGUAUGAUAUGGAACCAGUAUUAUUUUUUUAACACUUUGUUUUUUGUUGUUUAUAAAUAAACGUUGAUACCAU